UGCCGAUGUUAACUGUGUUUUGAUAACGAGUGAAUGACUGUGAUUAUACAGAUAAGUUUUAUUACUUUUGAUCAUGUUAGGUUUCCUCUACGUUCUGUUUUUGAGUUCCGUUCUAGCUGAAGAUGUUUCACGAGUAGUAGUUACUUCGCAGGGAGCAGUGAGAGGUUAUAAGGAUAAAGACCAUGAUUUAUUUGCAUUCUACAACAUACCUUAUGCAACUGCACCGACCGGGACGAACAGAUUUCGGGCACCGGAGCCGGCGCCCACAUGGACCGAUACUUUUGAGGCAGUGAAUCAGGAGAUAGUCUGUCCGCAGAGCGAAUUCAUUUUAAAACAUUUCAGUACAAAAAAAAUGAAAGAAAAUUGUCUUAUAAGCUCUGUUUACGUACCGGACACUGAUCAGACAAAUCUGCCGGUGUAUGUCAUCGUGCACGGCGGAGGCUUCGCGUUUGGCUACGGAGAUCUAAAUACUCCUAAAAAGCUGGUCAGCAGCAAACAAAUUAUAGCUGUGACAUUCAACUACCGCCUGGGCCCACAUGGGUUUUUGUGUUUAGGCACCGAAGAUGUACCGGGGAAUGCCGGCAUGAAAGACCAGGUGGCUCUACUCCGAUGGGUUAAGAAAAAUAUCGCUAAUUUUGGAGGAAACCCUGAUGACGUCACUAUAGGCGGCGGUAGCGCCGGAUCAGCCUCGGUCGACCUUCUGAUGCUCUCAAAAAUGGCCGAAGGUCUAUUCGACAAAGUGAUCCCGGAAAGUGGAGCCAGCGUAGCUCCUUUCGCGAUCCAAUCGGAUCCAAUAGAAUGUGCAAAAGUUUACGGUAAAUUAUUAGGAUUCGAAAAUGUAGAUGAUAUAAAGAAUCUAGAGGAUCAAUUCAAGAGUAUAGAAUACGGCAAACUAUUUACCGACGAAGUAGUUAACCGAACUGACACAUCGUUGCUUAUGUCUCCUUGCGUCGAAAGAGAUUUGAGCCAAGAAAUGUUUCUGAAAGAAGAUCCCGUGAGUAUAAUAAAGAGUGGUGACUAUAGGAAAUUGCCUAUGUUGUAUGGUUUCGCGAAUAUGGAGGGAUUGGUCCGUAUACCGAAUUUCGAGGAUUGGAAACUUAAAAUGGAAAACAACUUUUCAGAUUUUUUACCAUCGGACUUAAAAUUUAAAAAUGACGAGGAACGUGAACGAGUAGCUAAUGAAAUCAAAACUUUUUAUUUUGGCGAUAAAACCGUCAGCGAAAAUGUUUUGGCAUACGUAGAUUAUUUUACAGAUGUUAUAAUUGCCUAUCCGAUCUUAAGAGCUGCUAAACUGCAAGUGGAAGCCGGGAAUGAUCAAAUAUACUUGUACGAGUUCACUUACACCGACCAGAACACCCCGCUAGUACUAGGUACGAACGAGCGUGGGGCUUCCCACUGCGCCCAAACACUAACUGUGCUGGACCCAUUUGAAGCCAAAGACUUGAAUUUCAUCGUAUAUUCUGUGCAGUAUGAAGAAAUCUGUCGAAUGUACAGAGGAGUUUGGCUCAAUUUUAUCAAGACAGGUAAACCUGUUGCGGAGAAUUCGGGUCUUCCGCAGUGGCUUCCAGUUGGUUCGGACGUGUCACCUCACAUGUCUCUCAACCACACCAUGGAGCUCAAAGGACCCCUCCUGAAGGAGAGAAUGGUGUUCUGGGAUGGAAUCUACAGGAACCACUACCGUAUUCCGAUGCCACCUAAUCCUGACACUUAUGUUCAUAGUGAAUUGUAAUUUGAUAAGGAGAGGACCCGCUGUCAAACUAGAAAGUCAACUAAUCAGCUAAGUAAUUUUAGUUGGCUAGAGCCUACAAUGGAUUUAAAAAUCAUCCACCUAUUUUUCAUAGUGUGCGUACUGCGUCUGUAUGUACCUAUUUUUUUUACGAAGGGUAACAAACAAAAGUUAUUUAAGGCAUAAUAUAUCUAUUAAUA